ACAGUAAUGCUUAGUUAUAAUAGUACCCAAACAAUUAGUUCUGUGCGUUCAGUACAGAGUAGUGUGUGUUUUUGGGCACCCCAUCUUGCUGUUCGGAGUCGAGUUAUUGUAAAAUAAUAAUAAUCGAACAUUCUGUAAUAUCAGCUUAAGCAAUGUCCAAUUUAAAAAAAAGAAAUUCAAAUUCGUCUGCAGACAGGACAGAGGAGGAUAACGAGGCGAUGGAAAAGAUGCUGGGUUCUGGCGGUGGCGAAAACGGGGACACGGAGGUAAACGGCUCCCCGAAUCUAGAGUGCUCGGCGGAGAGCCCAGACAAAGAUGCCAGCGAGGGAGAUGGAGUCGCCCUAAAAAGAACCAUAACUCUUGUUAAUGGUGUUGCCAUAAUUGUCGGUACCAUCAUCGGUUCUGGGAUCUUCGUAACCCCCACGGGGGUGAUCAAGGAGGCCGGCUCUGUGGGGUUAGCCCUUAUCAUCUGGGCUGUCUGCGGAGUCUUCUCCACUAUCGGUGCGUUGUGCUAUGCUGAACUGGGAACAACCAUCUCUAAAUCCGGCGGCGAUUAUGCUUACAUUCUGGAGGUCUACGGGUCCCUGCCAGCCUUUCUAAAACUGUGGAUCGAGCUGCUCAUUAUCCGCCCCUCUUCGCAGUACAUCGUGGCUUUCGUGUUUGCCACCUACCUCCUCAAACCCAUCUUCCCAGACUGUCCGGUACCAGAUUCUGGAGCCAAACUUGGGGCUUGUCUCUGUAUCUUGUUGCUGACAGCAGUGAACUGUUACAGUGUGAAGGCAGCUACCCGUGUUCAGGAUGCCUUUGCCGCUGCCAAACUGCUUGCCCUUGGGAUCAUCAUCGUUAUUGGCUUUGUUCAGAUCGGCAAAGGUGAGACGGAAUACCUUUUGCCAAAGAACGCUUUCAAAGACACCAACACUGAUAUUGGGAAGAUCGCCCUGGCUCUCUACAGUGGACUUUUUGCUUAUGGAGGCUGGAAUUACUUGAACUUUGUCACAGAAGAAAUGAUUGAACCUUUCAAAAACCUGCCCCGUGCCAUCAUCAUCUCCCUGCCGAUAGUGACCUUGGUCUACGUGCUCACCAACCUGGCCUACUUCACUACCCUCAGCCCCCAGCAAAUGCUCAAGUCAGAAGCUGUUGCCGUGGACUUUGGGAACUAUCACCUAGGAGUCAUGGCCUGGAUCAUCCCUGUGUUUGUGGGCCUGUCCUGUUUCGGUUCUGUGAACGGUUCUCUCUUCACCUCCUCCAGGUUGUUCUUUGUUGGUUCACGAGAGGGGCAUUUGCCCAGCCUUCUGUCCAUGAUUCACCCCACCCUGCUCACUCCACUGCCCUCCUUGAUAUUUACAUGUAUAAUGACUGUCCUGUACGCCUUUUCCAACGACAUCUUCUCAGUCAUCAACUUCUUUAGCUUCUUCAACUGGCUGUGCAUCGCCAUGGCAAUCAUCGGGAUGAUGUGGCUCAGAUACAAGAAGCCGGAGCUGGAGAGACCCAUCAAGGUGAAUAUCCUGCUGCCGAUUUCCUUCGUCCUGGCUUGUGUGUUCCUGAUCAUCAUGUCCAUUUGCAUGACUCCGGUGGAGUGUGCCUUUGGCUUUGGCAUCAUCCUCUUGGGGCUUCCUGUUUACUAUUUUGGAGUGUGGUGGACAAACAAGCCCAAGUGGGUGCUCCAAGCCAUCUGCUCCAGCAGAAGACUGAAGGCAAUUGCCUGCAGAUCAUCUGUAGAAUUAUGCACCACCUCAUGGUUGAAAAUAGAACUGCAACUCUUCAAUAUAGCCAAGCUUCAGAAUAAACUGCUGAAACACCAAGUUUCUUCAACUGCUUUAUGCCAGAAAGUCCUGGAGGUGGUACCUCAGCACUAGUGAGGUGGAGCAGCUGUCCUUUUGGCCCUGCACACUAUGGCUUUCCUGCUACCCACACUUGAAGUGAACAGUGGAAACUGGCAACAGCCAUGGAACCAACCACUGCACCUCAUUCUGAAUAGGGCAUAUGAGUUGUGUAAAGGGGUGGGGGGGGGGGGGGGGGGUUGUAUUUUAAUUUAUGUGCAACAAGGUUUUUGUGUAGCAUAUUCUGUUGUGCUUUUUAGGUGGCAAAUAGUUUACCUUUUAUUUUAAUUUAACUUGUGUUGCAAAGUUCUAUUUUAAACCUAAAUCUUAAUGCUGGUAAUACCCAUGUGCCUGCAAUUUAGUCUAAACCCAUUUUGAGGAAGGGAGACCGCAAUAGAGAGCAUUUACCAAUCUAAACUCCUUGCUUAAAUUGUAGAGAUCUAAGAGCUAGUGAAGAGUUGCAGGAUACUUGCUUUCAAUUUUAUGAUUUUGAGGGGUGGGUGUAAUGGUUUUAAAUGUCCCAGAAAAAUACAUAUAUUAAGCCUUA